UGGUUGAUUGGGGACAGAGCAUCGCAACGUGAGCGCGCUCAUCCACCACCUCUAGGGCUCGCGGACAGUUGACAGGACCGACAGGAAAGGGAAAGCUCGCACACGCUUUUUAAUCAGCGCUUUUUUCUUUUUGUAAUUAACCGACCGUUAGGGAACUGAAGGUAAACUGACGUCGUCACAUCGCGCUGAAUUAACGGGAGGAACAUGUCAACGGCCGGCUCCAUUAUUCCACAGGUACAUCGGGGUAAUUUUUUUCCCUUUGCUGUGAUAGAGUUUGGUUCUUCAAGUUAAGGCUUUCUAAAUGAAAAGCGCCACAAUAUUGGACCGAUUAAAUAAUCCUGUAACAAUCCAAGGACUGCAUGAGAGAAACCUAAGAGGACCACUACAAACAACUGGCAGUGUGUUAAACAAGAAGGUCCUAAAGCAAAGGGAUGCAAAACAGACAAUCGACAUCUCAGUAAAGAAAACGGAAAAACCAUCAGACUCUUUCCUUGAAUUCCCACCAAAGCCUAACUCUUUUACUGAACGUGUCAUAAAGGGAGGUUAAUACAUAAGCGAAGAUGAACCCUUAUGUCACUUCACACUUCAGGAGGGAUCUCUUUCCCCAUUUCCAUUUGUUGUAGAUUUUUGUCUAACCUGCUGUUACUGGUUGAAUUAAAUAGCAUUACCUAUAUUUGUGCAGCUAUAUUAGUAGCUCAUGUCUAUCAUUUUCAGUUUCUUUGUACUCACCACAGUGCAGGAUUAUGGUUGAGGGUUUGAUUCUGUGUACUGUUUCAAAGGGGAUGUGGAUUCUCUGUAUACAUGUCAGGAUUCAGUAGAAGAGUUCUCUGGAAAUGGUUGGGCAAGGUAAAUACUAACUCUACAAGAUUUUCAUUUCCAGAUAUAUUUGCACGGAUCCCUUUUGCUUUAUUUAAGCCGUUGUUGGUUUUUAAGAAUUAUUUCUAUAUACUAACUUUGAAUGCUUUUUAGAGUAGAUGCACUUCAAAGUAACUUAUGCAUUAUUUUUGCAUUGCAUCUGCAUGUAUUAAUUUUCCAUUUUGUUUGUGGAAACUCUCUGAUAUUCAGGUAGCCCUUUGUGAUCUGGUUCAAACUGAGAUGAUGAGUAAUUGACUACAAUCUACAAACCCAGUUAUGCUCUCAGCCACUUUAGUUAUCAGCCCUUCUCAGCUCUUCUCCUUCUGUGGCAUACACCUGAUCUAUCUACUUUGGUGCCCGACCUCCAGAAAAAUAUAGAAAACUUCCUCAGGCAUAGGCGUUUUAUCAGCCGUAAUGCUGAGCUGUAAUGAGGUAUGUCUGCUCUGAGAGACUAACUGUUGCAUGUGAUUGGUAACAGCCAUGUAGUUCAGGUCAAUAAUAUUCACACAACAGUCAGUAAAACAAGUCUUCACCAAAUUGACAAUGGCUGCUAAACAGAUGUGCAGAGCCUUAGAAAGAAAACGUGAAAUUGUUAAAGCAGUGACAUGAUUGAACAGGAAAUGGAAAACAAAACAUGGUUGUUUCAGUUGGGACCCUUUUGUUGGGCAAAAGUAACAUUUCCUUGACAACUGCUAUUUAACACUUGACUGUGUGUACUAUAUUCAGUGCUUCAUCCAAGACAUAUUGGCACUGAAUUAUGAAAGAUGAAUGAUGACUGUUUGCUUUUGAUGAACUGAAAGUACUGUACUCUUUGUUUCCACAUGCCCAUACCAAGGGGUUGUGACACUGGAGAGAUCUUUGAUUGUAAGAAUUGGCAUGUUUUUUUUCUUUUUUUGAUUGCAUGUUGGAAAUGUUUUUAUCAUAUUGUCCCAUUUUAUGUUUAAGUCUUGUCACAAUAUUAUAAAAGGUACAGUACCCUGUUACGAGCUGUACAUCCUUUACAUGUUUCCAUCUCCAUCCUCCUUCUCCAUUGCAUUAUCAGUGUAUAGCUUUUAUCCAUUGAUGCCUGCUCAAGGCUUCCCUUUUAUUUGUUUGGAACUGAACAGAACCAAUCCCGCAUGCUUUUGUGAUGUCUGAGGUCCAACCGGCCCUAUCACUCCUUGUCAAAAGACUUCUUGCAAACUAGGGGUCACAGAAAUAUACUUCUUUGGCUGCUGCUGACAUCCUUGUUUUCAGCUCACCUCACCCAGUGAGUAUGACUUUUAUGGACAUUGGUUGUUAAUGAGUGCACCCGAGGACCUACUAUAAGAAAGCCCAAUUUGUUUGCUGAGGGAUUUAUCACUGAAAAGAUAGACUCUACUGGGAAACAUUACAAGUUGGCGAAAGUAAGUGACUGAUCAAUGGCCUUCGAGGGAAUUAUCCUCUGGUUACUAUUGGCCACUAUGGACUUCACUAUGGAGCAAUUAUCUCUUCAAUAAGGACUGAAAGACUGACUAUGUUGUAAACAUCAAACAUUUAAUUGACUGUAUGAAGGUGCUGAAUUGCCUCAUCAACAUUUGAAUCCAGGCUCACUGAGGAAUACAGCGUUAUUGUGCACCAUAAGAGAGAGGAGACUUUUUGUUUUUUGUUGUUUUGGAUUGUACGUGAUGGGAGCGGCACGUGUGAAACGUCGUUUCAGUGCUGUGGUAGACGGGCCAGUGGAGGAGGAGGAGGUCAUGAGGCUGGCACAGAGUGCUGCUGACACGGCUAGGGCAGGGGGGAGUCCAAUGGGGUCAGGGACCCCAACCAGCCCCUCCCCGACCCAUGCCCUGAACGGCAAAACUCUACCUCUUCAGAGCAACACCCACAAUGCACAGAGGCAGAGUGCCAUUGGAGUUGGGGGAAACGCAGGAGAAGGCGGGGUGAGAGCAGGAGGAAUGUGCUCAGGGCUAAGGAGUGAAAGAGGCAGUAGUGUGGGAGGAAGAGAAAAACGGCGCUCAUCCUCGGACCAGAAUUCACUCUCUUCCCCCUCCACUACCAACCGCCGGCGCACCAGGUGCUCAAGCCGCCGGCCCCGACAACGCUUUGUGGGCAAGGACGGACACUGCAACGUCACCUUUGUCAACAUAAGCGAAAGGGGCCAGCGCUACCUUAACGACCUCUUCACCACCUGUGUGGACAUUCGCUGGCGCUGGAUGCUGAUCAUCUUCACCCUCUCCUUCCUUCUCUCCUGGCUGCUCUUUGGAUUUGCCUUCUGGCUCAUUGCCUCCGUGCAUGGGGACCUCUCCAUUCGGCUUACCCCCAGCUCAGGUUCCUCUCCAGGAUCAGGAGAGGCCGGGUCUGGAGGAGAGUCUGAUAGAGAGGCAGUGGUUGAGGAGCCGUGCUUCCUCCAGGUGAACAGCUUCAUGGCAGCCUUUCUGUUCUCCUUGGAGACGCAGACAUCCAUAGGUUACGGCUUCAGAAGUGUUACCGAAGAAUGUCCCCUGGCGGUGAUGGCGGUCAUUUUGCAGUGCAUUGUGGGCUGCAUCAUUGACGCCUUCAUCAUCGGGGCAGUCAUGGCCAAGAUUGCCAAGCCCAAAAAGCGCAACGAGACACUGGUGUUCUCUGACACAGCUGUGGUGGCGCUGAGGGACGGGAAACUCUGUAUGAUGUGGAGGGUCGGAAACCUUCGCAAGAGCCAUCUGGUAGAGGCACAUGUUCGAGCACAGCUACUAAAGCCAAGGGUGACAGAAGAGGGAGAGUUCCUCCCGUUGGACAAUAUGGACAUCAACGUGGGGUUUGACACUGGCACUGACCGCAUCUUCUUGGUCUCGCCAGUGACUAUUGUCCACGAGAUCAACGAUGAGUCACCUUUCUUUGAGAUUGACCGAAAAACCUUGGAGAAUGACUCUGAAUUGGAGGUGGUGGUCAUACUUGAGGGCAUGGUGGAGGCCACAGCUAUGACCACACAGUGCCGUAGCUCCUAUCUGGCUUCUGAAAUCCUCUGGGGACACAGAUUCGAACCAGUGCUCUUCGAGAGGAAAGAUUGCUACCAGGUGGACUACUCAUUCUUCCAUCAGACAUACGAAAUUCCAAACACACCUUCAUGCAGCGCUAAGGAGCUGGCCGAGCAGAAGUACAUUCGCAGCUCACGCUCGUCAUUUUGCUAUGAGAACGAAGUCGCUCUGCAGCUCGUCUCCCCUGAAGAUGAGCCUGGCCCAGACCCUGAGUGUCCCUCCCCAUCGAUCCGAAGGCAAUCCCUGGCCGAACAUCUUCACUACAAUUGAACCUGUUGGAUAGGAGGCCUUAAGGGAAAAGAGAUAGAAAGUUGACCCAGAGGUUUAGAGGAAGAAUAGGCAAAGAGAGAGAGGGUUAAACUAGUAGAAAUUGGCAGACCAAUAGAGACCGGAUUAAAAGUCGUUAGGGCGAGUGUCUCGAUAAAGGAUAGGAGGCAACAUUGUUUACAGUGAUUGGACAGGGAACAAAGUCCAAAAUAGGAGCAAGUCAAAAGCUCCAUUACAACUUUUACAAGUUUGCAAGAUUUAGAUAAGUACUACUAUACAGAUUAGAUUGCACAGAGAAAUAUAAAGGACAGAUAGAGAGAGGUUUUGGUUCAGUAUUUUAGGGAGCCGGGUUACUACACUGGCUUAGUUGUCUGAUUGGACCUGGCAAUCUUUUAGGAUCAUUGAAAACUUGUCUGCUAAGUCUCACAUCUGGCCCGGCACUACCACAACACGCCCAUCUGGCUCAAAUACCUGACUGGAAGAAUAUACAGCAGCACCCCAUGGUGACUCUACCAUGCAACUGCAACUGUUCAAUAAUCUGUUUGGGGUGGCUUCUGUAUGAAAUGAAUGGCAGUGUACCUUCUGAGGUACAACUCAGGAAUGUAUUCCACUACGAUGCUGAAUUAUCAUUUUAAUGUUUUAUUUUCGUAUGGUAAGUAUGGAUAGUGUACAUUUUGCAAAACUACUACUGAGAAGGUAGUUGAGCAUUAGGCUAGGCUACUUGUAGAACCAAAGCAGAGCAACAGUAGCAUGGAGAAACAGCUGAAAACUAGCAGUGAUUUUGAGCAGUUUCUUUUCCAUGUUAUGUUACGUAUGUUGUUUGUUUUGGGUCUUUAUUAUGUCAUGCAAAAAAAAGUUCACUGAUUGUAACAUUUUGUUUUAUUUAAUAAUUUUGUGUUGAGUUGAAUGCCAUGUGGCGAGGUCAGAGUAAGCAUCCAUGUGAGCAUUGUAGUGUUAGAUACACAAUGACAGAUGAUGUUGUCUGUGUCUAUACUAGUUAAAUACGAUACAUUCUUUCUUGCACUACUAUCUACAGUAUCUUCUCAUGUCCUGAAAUCAACCACACUGUAUUGUUUUGCUGUGUUACAUUUGGAUUGUAGUACUUAGUGACUGAGCUAUGACAUUAUAAUCUUUUAAGUGUCUUGGCACUUGGAAGACCGUUGAUGAUUUAAAGGGGUUCCUCUCAUUCGCUCUGUAAAUGCACAGGAUACCCAAAGUCCCGUCCAACACCACUAGAACGUUCGUAACUGAACUGAAUAGGAUAGAUGUGAUGGUGGUGACUAUGGUUUGCUGUUUCUGCAUCUCUGAGAAUAAAACAGCUGUCUAACAUCUGCGCAAUUGGAUGAGGAUUGAACUGGACACUACACCUCAUAGAAAAUGAUACUGUAUUUUUGUGCCCAUAAAAUCAUGUUUCAUGGUAUUAUGUUCCAAUGUGCUACAGUUGGUUCCUCUCACAAAUUGUGAGAUCAGUGUAGUGAGUGGUGCCUUCAUAACAAACCAGAGAUUUUGCAACUGGCCCUUCAUCUGCAGCAGUUAAUUUCAUGUUUGAAAUGUACUUAAAGCAUAUUUUUAUUAUGUAUUUUCAUACUGCUACUUAUGCAAGAGUGUUUAAUCAAUCACUUUAACAUUUGCAGGAUGUUUUUCUAAAUAGACAAAAAUGUCUUUACUGUGAAUCUGCUCAGUAACUGAGUAGUCCCAAUAAUAAUCUCUAGACAAGUUAUGGGUUCCAAGAUUGUCUCAAUAUGAACAUGCACUGAUAACAUAAAUAGGUUUUUAGCUGUGUUGUAUUGUAGACUAUGUAAUAGUUGCUCAUUGUAGUUAAAUGACAAAGCACUUGGAAUGUUCUUGUUGAUUUUAGAUCCUGUAAUGAUUUGUAGGAAAUCAUGCCACUAUGAGUAUUUAAGUGUUCGAUUAAAGAAAAUGUUGUUACUCAAUGUCAGGAGUGCAACAUGAUAUAAAGUGUUGACCAAUAAUCAGCCUGUCCAAAGCACAUCCUUGGAACUUGUUCCAUUUACUUUGCACUAAAGUAGUAUAUGCAGAUUAAUAUCACUAAUGACGCUUUACAACAGCAUAAAAGUGUUGCUGGAUCAGCACACAUUAACCUCAAGUCAUCAAUUGCAGUGUUUUCCUUCAGUUAUUUAUGGUUACCCCAGGGCGGGUGAGGUAUUGAUAACAUAUAAUCUGUUGCAAUUAGUGUUAAGGCCAUUUUUCUGUUUGUGUUCUCCCUUGCACUUCUCCUUUAUGACUACUAUACCAUGUUCUAUUUAUAGGCUGCAUGGGUCAUGUUGUUCACCCUGCCUCCACUUGUAACUUGAACUUACUGCACCAUCACUUUAACUACUAUAGCACUGUUUAAAAACCCAAGAAAAAAUAGACAGAUGGAUUAUUUGGUAAUGUCACUCCUUAGGAUUCACUUCUCACAGUAAACACAUUUUUUAAAUCAUACUGUAUGUAUAUACAUAGUGUAAAAUAAAUAGUAUACUGUAAUAGAUACAUUAUUAAUAAAUGAGUGACAUGAAACCAAUAAAAGCUGUUGCUACCUUUCUCAAGUUAUUAUUCUAAAGAGAUAGGGAAACCUUUCCGCUCCAGCACUGAAAUGUAAUUUCAGCGUUGCCUUGGGCACAGAGCACUUCUAGAUGAAACUGAACUGUUUGUAGAGCAAAUAAAACACAGGGAUUGAAUUG